AUGGUAUUCGAUAAAUCAAAAGUUGAUUAUUCACUAUAUUUAGUGACUGAUUCGACCAUGUUACCGGAGGGAACCACAUUAUACUCACAAGUAGAAGCUGGGCUGAAGAAUGGAGUUACAUUAGUCCAAUUGAGAGAAAAGGAUUCUGACACUAAGAUUUUCAUCGAGGAAGCCUUAGAAGUCAAAAAACUUUGUGUAAAAUAUAACGUCCCACUGAUCAUUAAUGAUCGUGUCGAUGUUGCUCUAGCUAUUGAUGCCGAUGGGGUACAUGUUGGCCAGGGAGACAUGCCAAUUCCAAUGGUUAGAGCCCUUGUGGGACCCGAUAGAAUUGUUGGGUGGAGUGUCGGUAAGACCAGCGAAGUCGAGACAUUGGCUCAAUGGGGACCAGAUAUGGUCGAUUAUAUAGGUAUUGGUAUGGUUUUCCCUACCAUGACGAAAAAGAAUCCAAAGAAAUCUCCAAUGGGCCCUCAAGGUGUUAUUGAGAUCUUAGAUGCCUUAGAAAUUAAUAAUGCAGACUGGUGCAGAACUGUAGCCAUUGGUGGGUUACAUCCUAAUAAUAUUGAAAGAGUUCUAUACCAAUGUGGUUCAAGUAACGGUAAGAGAUCUCUCGAUGGUAUCUCUGUUGUCAGUGAUAUCAUGGCAGCUAGUGAUGCCGGUGCAGCAACAAGAACUUUACGCAAACUACUUUCGCAAUCAAGUUAUCAAUACGUUGCGCUGGAUUUAAAGUACAGUGACUCAGUUUCCAACCGUGGACUAAUUAAGUCAAUAAUAGAACAAGUAACUAACAACUCUCCUUUGGUUCAACAUAUAACUAAUAAGGUUCAUCAAAACUUUGGUGCUAACGUGGCAUUAGCAUUAGGCUCCUCGCCCAUUAUGUCAGAGGUGGAGUCAGAAGUUGAUGAAUUAGCCCACAUUCCAAAUGCGUCGUUAUUAGUCAAUACUGGUACCGUUGCUCCUGUUGAAAUGUUGAAAACUGCAAUUGCUGCCUAUAACAAUGCUAAAAGACCUAUUGUAUUCGAUCCUGUAGGAUAUAGUGCCACUCAAACUCGAUUAAUCUUAAACGACACAUUAUUAACAUACGGUCAAUUUACAUGUAUUAAGGGUAAUUCGGGUGAGAUACUUUCUCUAGCUAACUUGAAUCAAGGUAAGAUGAAAGGUGUUGAUGCAGGAGAAGAAACAGUCAGUAAAGAGUUACUUGCUCGUGCUACAAGAGUUGUUGCCUACAAGUAUAAGACUAUUGCCGUCUGUACGGGAGAAUAUGACUUUAUUGCGGAUGGUACCUUUGGUGGGUCAUAUAGUUUAUCAAAUGCGACAGCUGGUGUUUCGGCUGAUAAAAUUCCAUGUUGGAUGGUAGAAGACGGACCUAUUCCUAUAAUGGGUGAAAUUACUGCAAGUGGUUGUUCUCUUGGUUCCACCAUAUCUUGUCUUGUUGGUGGGCUAUCAGCUACUGGUAAUGUUUUCCACGCGGUAGUUGCUGCAGUGAUCCUAUACAAAUCCGCUGGUAAAUUGGCUUCUACAAAAUGUAAGGGUAAUGGUAGCUUCAAUGUGGAAUUAAUCGAUGCCCUAUACCAAUUAUUCCAUGAUAAUAAACCUGAGACUUGGACAGCUAAUUUAACUCAAAUAGCUUAA